AUGGAGUCAAAGCAAAAGAGCAGCAGCGUUGAACAGAAGAAAGCUGGAAAUCCAGUUGAUCUGGUAUCUGAUGCUUCUGAGAAGACCGCGGAUCGGUACUUCUGCGCUCGGUGCGGCCAAACAAUUGCUUCAGACUCAAAAGACGAACAUGAAGAUUGGCACUUUGCAAAAGACCUCCAGGCACAAGAACAAUGUGGCGCCAUAGCUGCAGCAAGCACGGUUCACGCUUCUGUUCACGCUCCGCAGCUGAACGUCAAGCAAACUGGCGACGGGAAAAGUGAUCAUCCUCCAGCUUAUGCGCCGCCGUCAUAUCCACCACCCAGGAAUGCAGCGAGCCGGACUCCAUCUAUUCGUCACCAUACCAAUCAAGUCAUCGAAGCAGGCAAAGUUCGUGCCAGAGAUGAACAACAAAUGCAGAAUGCACUGCAGAAUGUCCAGCUGCAGUAUGGGAUCUACAACAGUGAGAUUGAGCCCGAACACGAGACGGAAUAUUACUGCAGUUGUCCUAUCCACAACUACCAGAGGAUGAAAUGGAGUCGAUAUGGAGUCCAAGAAAUGUGGUCGAAGGCAGUCAUGUAUCCAGGAGAGAGGGCCUACAACGACUAUUAUCAAAACGCAGGCAUAUUUAACAGGAACCCCUACAGAUUCCGCGUCGUGUCGCCAUACGGCUACUACGCCCAAUCUAACUGGGGAGUGUCAAGACCGCAGCCAAAAUACCACGCCCAGUCAAUCCACCAGACUAUUGCGCUCAACAAUCGCCUGAACGCUGAGGCGCAAGCAAACAUUGACGCCGCCGAGCCCAAGGUCGAUAUCUGGAAUGAGGGCGCCCUUGAAGCCGCAAUGUCCCAGUUGAGGAUCAUGGCGGCCAACGAUAAGAAGCGAUCCAUCAAGGCAAGUGACGAGAAAGAUUCAAAUGAUACGCGACAGGAAGGAGCCUCUUCUUCUGCGAAUGGAAGUGCGGCCAAGCCUGCCAAAAUAUCGAGGCUUGCUAGUUUUAGGCAAUCCUUUGGCAUCAAAUCUUCGGAAGAGAGAGCGGCUGCGAAGACAGAGAAGAUGGUGUACCAAGGCCGUGAGCUACGGGACGCAAUCCUGGCAGAGGAGGAAGGCAGGUGGCCCGAUGAGCAGUGGCGCCAUAUUGUGGCAGUAUAUCAGGAGAAGGUUGGGAUGACCAGGAAGAUUGCGGACCUCCGUGCUCGCCAUCCCAUUCAGUAUCUUCACCUGCUCAGAGCCGGUUACUUUGAGCCUAUUCCGGUGGCUUGGGCCAACCAAGCCUCUAAUCCGCUAAAAUUCAGCAUCGAGGCCGCCGCCGGAUGGCGAGGAAUUACCCCUGCCUGGCGAGGGUACGAGGAUACCGCCGAGGAACGGCUCUACUGGGUCUUGAACCACAGAGAAGGCAGUGUUGGGAUGAGAAUGAAGCCGGACUUUAUUUCGGAAAUGAACAUGGCUCGUGCUAGAAUGGCCACAGCCGUUGAACCGCCUCCCGAGUACUACUCCGCCACCGACACCUGCCACCUCCAACAUACCUCUGUUGGCUACUCCAAGCAGGUCAUGCCCACGCCCUUUGUGGCUUACGAUCGACCGGAAGUACCGACAGACGACACGAUGAUUCUGUUGGAUGUUUCUGGAUCCAUGGAUUUUGACCCAGUGCGACCGAACUACGACCAGUAUCUUAUCACCGGCUACUCCAGAUCCACGCAGCCAAAGAACAAAGAUGUUGCCAAAGCAAUCAUCCGACGGUUCACCGAUGCCAUGGCAAACCACGACCACCAGUUCCGCGGCUAUGAUCUGACGACUUUCUCCAGUUCCGCCCACUACAUCGGUACCGUCAACCACCAGAAUCUCGAUGCAAUGUGGCGCAGGGUCAAGCUUGGAGGCGGAACGCGCGUCAUGACCGGCUGGCAGAAGGUCAAAGAAUUGCAUUUCCAGAAGCAUUCCGAGUCUGCCACACAUCAUCCGGUGUACGGAUGGCAAGCCGGGCCAGAAACGCCCAUGCUACGCUUGCUUCUCCUACUCGACGGCGAAGCCACCGACAUGGACGAGUUCGAACUGGAUCUUCUGGGCCUUUCGUGGGCUCACGUCACCAUUUUCCUCAUUGGCGUGGACGGGUGUCCGCAUCACCAUCGCCAUGCUAACGAAUUGCAACGCAUCAGCGACGUCAACCACCAUGUCUCCUUCGUCGAUGCGCAAGGCAACACGCCGGAGAGAUUUGUUACCCACGAGUUGCUCAAGAGGCAUUUGGGCUAUGAGAUUUCGAUGGCCGAGUUUGAGCAGAUGGAGGAGUUGCCGAAAUAUACGGCAUAA